CGUACGUGCGUGAUUACGCGCACACGUACGUUCCUCAUGAAAGGGACGACGGGAGCUGCAUGAAAGCCGAAGAGUUAUGGACCGCUAUCAUCUGUCACUGGCCACCGGUUUCCGGGAGUAAGCGGCAGCUACCUUACAGCCCUGACACGAGCCGGGCGCUCUCUCUUCUCACCGCGGCCCACGUCUCCUCGCUGGCUCCGGUGGCCUCGCUGGGUCGCGAGGAGGCGAAGGACUGUUCUCUGAGGCCAAAAGCCAGAGUCGGCCCUGAACGCCCACGACUCUCAGGGUCCGGAGGCCGUGAGACCGGCCGCGGCUGAAAGGUAAAGAAGCUAAGUGGAAGAGUGUUUCCUCCUCUGGCCGUAAAGCAGGCCGAGGGGGCCCUCUGUCCUCUGUGUUGCCCUAGGGCUCGGUGACCUCUGUCAUAGCACUGACCACAUGCUAUCCUGCCUGUGCCUUCCUCUGGCUGUCCCCACCCUACUCCGGACCGCCCCAAAGACUCCAUGGGAUGGACCUGAGUCAGCCGAAUCCCAGCCCCUUCCCUUGGGCCUGCUGUGCUCGACAUCAGUGACAGACGGAAGCAGCAGACCAUCAAGGCCACGGGAGGCCCGGGGCGCUUGCGAAGAUGAAGCUUGGCUGCCUCUCCUUCCGGCAGCCUUAUGCUGGCUUUGUCUUAAAUGGAAUCAAGACUGUGGAGACGCGCUGGCGUCCUCUGCUGAGCAGCCAGCGGAACUGUACCAUCGCUGUCCACAUUGCUCACAGGAACUGGGAAGGCGAUGCCUGGCAGGAGCUGCUGGUGGAGAGACUCGGGAUGACUCCUGCUCAGAUUCAGGCCUUACUCAGGGAAGGGGAAAAGUUUGGUCGAGGAGUGAUAGCGGGACUCGUUGACAUUGGGGAAACUUUGCAAUGCCCCGAAGACUUAACUCCCGAUGAGGUUGUGGAACUGGAAAAUCAAGCUGUACUGACCAACCUGAAGCAGAAGUACCUGACUGUGAUUUCAAACCCCAGGUGGUUACUGGAGCCCAUACCUAGGAAAGGAGGCAAGGAUGUAUUCCAGAAUCCAUAGAGGUUCAGCUGGCGAAUGAAACUCGUCAAGCUGUCUGUUUUGAAGAUCCUCUCUGCACCUCUCCGUUGAAGAACCUCCCUCUGGAAGAGAUCCUUGUCGAUGAUCACGGCGUCUCCAUCAUCGUUCCAGCUCACAGACUUGAAUGUGUCUUCCUCCACAAUCGUCCAAAGCUUUCUUGGGAAGAAGAGCCUAAAAAGGUUGUGGUUGUCUUCCACGUUGACCACGCGUUGGUUUCGGUCUUCUGGUGGUGAGUUAUCUUGGGAGCCUGGAUCUUGGCUCAUGGCUUGGUCCUCGUGCCUGUCCAAAACCUCGCUGGAAUCUGGAUUUGGAUCAGGUGAAGAACCAGAUGGGCCCCCGCUUGUUGGCUCUCCACCAACAGAUGGGGCCAGCUUGGCUUCAUAUUCCUGUUCAGUGUUCUGACUCGCCAUGGAGCUACACCAGAAUCAGGAGCAUUUUGUACCCAAGGCCCUUAUCACUGUCCUAGCAAGUCCAAAAUGCCUUCAGUCAGAGUAGGCGUGCCCAAUAAAUACUGUCCACAAAAUUCUAGAGUCUCGGUAUCAGGGCAACCAGUGGCUUAACUCAUCAUCUGCUGUAUUUGUCACAUGAUGUCACAAAGGUGGCUCUCAGCCAAUCUGGAGAGGGGGCCCUGGCCAGGUGUUGGGGGAGUAGACAGGUGGCAUGGCCUUCAGCUUCUCCCUCUUCUAAAAGUAUAAACAGGCAUGGUUCAAGUUCCCAGAAAAGUCUCCCAUCUUCUGACAGUCACAUUGUGUCAUAGGGCCAGGCCCCAGAUGAGCUGAGAAACCAUGGCUCUAUGGCCACUCCCAACCCUGAAGACAGGGGAGGCCAUUUGCUGGCCUCUAAUUUGCUCAAGAGCCAGCCCCUAGUUAUCCCUAGCUUGGGUUUCACCAAGACUGCCUGACUCAGAUGGACCCCUCAUGGGUGACUGCCUUCUAGGAGAUGGUGGUCCCUACCAGGCUGUUUGGCCUGAUCUGUGUGGUAGCACCCCUCUUUUCCAAUCCCCCCCCCCAUCUCCUUCCUGCUUUGGUCUCUUCCAGGUACUCCUAAUGAUUGGUUGGAUGUGCUCCAGUGGGCCCAGAUAAAGUGUUUCUUAUUCCCCUUGGUCAAGUUGUCCCCAGAGUGGUGCUGUGCCUGAGCAUGGUGGGAGCACUCCCCUCACUCCUCUACCACUGUGUUACCCAGAGCACCAUUUGUGGUUGGAUGGCCACAUCCUCAGCUGUGCUUUGGAGUCUCCUGUGGAGCUCUGCUUGCCCCUGCAUCUCACCCUCUUGCAGAUCACAACAGGAGAUUACCUUUAGUUUCAUUUUUGCCCAUAAAUACUGUUUUCAUUGCCCAAGACAUGUUCAUUUCUGAGGCCUGCUUUACACAGACUAGCCUAAGAAAAGUUUCUGCUUGUCUAGUUAGACCUGAUUAAAGUAAUCCAUCACAAAA